CUGUGUGCAGUAUCCGAAGACUUCGUUGAAGAUUUAUCCAUCAUUAAACACAGAACGGAUGCUCACACACUAAAUGCGAUCGAGCAGGAAGGUGAAGGUUUGAAAGAACCCCAACUGGUGGUGUACAAAGAUGAAAGCUCUAGUUCUGCCGUUAGUUUUAGUUAUAGUGAGGGUACAAAAGCUGGGGAAGUAAAAAACGCAGCAAAUGAUGCUGACUUGUUGGAAAAUGGUGGUUGCGAUAUGUACUUUUCCUUUGGUCUCGUUUCAAGUUCAGCAACUAGGCAUGAUGCAAGUGAAAGUGGCCAGAAAGGACAUCAAGAGGGGCCUGCUGUGUCUGGGUCAAGGGAAGAGUCCCACAAAGACAAGGCACAGCUUAAUCGGGUUGUACGGAGUAGGACGAGAGUAUUGGAUGAGAAGGUGAAAGAGAUGAAAGACCAAGUGAUUAGGGCCAGAGCAUACUUAAGUUUCACACUAUCAAAUAGCAGUUCUCAUAUUGUGAAAGAGUUGAAACUCCGAGUAAAAGAGGUUGAACGAGCCAUGAGUCAAUCCACCAAAGAUUCUCGUGUAUCUCGGAGUUCUCUACAGAAGAUGAAAGCAAUGGAAGCUACGUUGUUAAAAGCAAGUCGUAUUUACCCUGAUUGUGCUGCAAUGGUUAAGAAGCUCCGUGCCAUGACUCAUAAUGCCGAAGAGCAGGUGAGAUCUCAGAGGAAUCAAGAAGCUUUUCUUAGAGGACUUGGUGGGAGAACCAUCCCGAAAGGCCUUCACUGCCUCUCUAUGAGAUUGACUGCUGAGUAUUUUGCACUGAAUCCUAAGGAGAGGGAGUUUCGUCACAAAAAUAAACUACAAAAUCCUCGCCUAUAUCAUUUUGCUAUUUUCUCUGACAAUGUAUUGGCUUGUUCAGUUGUGCUGAACUCAACUGUCUCAAAUGCUAGGCUACUUCAAACCAGGGAACCAGAGAAAUUGGUAUUUCAUGUGGUAACUGACUCCCUUAACCUUCCGGCAAUGUCGAUGUGGUUUUUGCUAAACCCUCCCAGCAAAGCUACUGUUCACGUGGAGAGCACAGACAGUUUCAACUGGCUAACCACCAAAUACAACGUGACACUACAAAGAGAAGGCUCUGUUGAUCCUCGAUAUACUUCCGAGCUAAACCACCUCCGGUUUUAUCUGCCAGAUGUCUUUCCAAAUCUGAAUAAGGUUGUUCUUCUUGAUCACGAUCUGGUGGUACGAAAGGAUUUAACGAGGAUGUGGAGCAUUAACAUGAGGGGCAGAAUAAAUGGUGCUGUGCAGACGUGUAACAAAGGGGAACCUUCUUUCCACCGUAUGGACAUGUUUGUCAAUUUCACGGACCCUUUAAUAGCAAAUAAGUUCGAUGCCAGCACGUGCACGUGGGCUUUUGGGAUGAAUAUCUUUGAUCUUCGGGAGUGGAGGCGCCGGAAUUUGACUGGGGUCUAUCUGAAGUACCUUCAUUUGGGCAACAAGAGGCCGAUCUGGACAGAAGGAAGUUUGCCAAUUGGUUGGCUUACAUUCUACAAACAAACACUUGCUUUGGAUAAUCAGUGGCAAGUCCUAGGGUUGGGGCAUGACUCUAGUGUGAGGCAGGACAGCAUAGAUCGAGCCUCGGUUUUGCACUUUGACGGGAUUCGUAAACCGUGGUUAGAUAUCGGGUUCGAGAGGUACAAACAUUAUUGGAGGAAACACGUCAAGUACGACCAUCCGUACCUGCAACAGUGCAACGUUCACGAGUAGUUUUAGAUUCCAACACCACCUAGAAGAUUCGAGUUUAUACGAUUAGGGAUAUUUCCUCAUGUUUACUUCAUUCUUUCUCAAUUUUCAACUAUUCUUACAUGUACAUUUCAACUCAUUUUUUGGCUUUUUUUUUUCUUUACUCAGUUACUGUUAUUGUCCAGCCAUAGGAUUAAGGAUUUUUAGGAGAUGAGACCACUUCUAGCAAUAAGGGGCCAUAUUUUGGUGAAGCCCGUGUCAUAGUUCUUGCCUCGAUAUUGCGCGUGUAAAACUUAUGUAGAGCAACCAACUUCGAAUGAUAUGACAAUUGGCAUGAGUUCUGAUGAACAA